AUGGCGAGGUGGCGUCCUGAGCAGCGCGGCGGUGGUGCGACGGCUCCUCCCUCCUACCCGACGCUCUCCCUCUCACGGAUCCCCUCUCCUCUCUUCCCCUUUCUUUCUUCUUUUCUAGCUGUUGGGUUUUGGCUGUGGGUGUUGGAUUAUUUUGGGGAAAAGGACCCCUCAUCUGAAAAUCAGGUCUAUAAAAUCAAAGUAAGGCUUAUUAAGUCUUGGUCACUAACUUAUUCUGAGCUUAAGUAUCAGAAACUGAUGAUAGAACUGGUCGUGAUGGAUGAAAUGGGAGAUCAUAUUCAAUGUACCAUAAGGAAUCCUCUUGGGAGACUAUUUGAGGGUGACUUAUCUGAUGGCAAAGUAUACACAAUAUCCAACUUUUCAUUGUCACUGAAUGAUCAGAAGUACAAACCAACAACUCAUUCUCAUCGUAUAUAUUUUAAGAGAGAAACUCAGCUUAGGAUUAUUCAUGAGCUUGGCUUCAUUGAUCAUAGUUUCCAUUUCGUAUCUAAUGAACUGAUACUCAAGCAUUCCAACCCUCAGUCCCACUUAAUUGAUGUUAUUGGCUUGAUUACUGGGAAUGGUGACACGAUUGAGUUUACAAGGAAUGGCAAGAGUUGUGUAUACAUUGUGGUUGAACUUGAUGAUAUGAAGGGUAAUGGUAAAAUUAGGUGUACUCUGUGGGAAGAGUAUGCAAAGAUGUUAGUUAAGCAUAUUGAGGAUCAACCCACAUAUGAGUAUAUAAUAAUAAUUCAAUUUGCAAAGUUCAAUCUCUUCAAGGGCUCAAUGGGUGUAUCUAAUACAAAUUGCAACUCCAUUUUGUACAUCAACGCUGACUUUCCAGAGGUGAAGGAUUUUAGAAAGAGUGUUAUAAUGAAUGGUACCUAUGUCACAUAUGGGACUGUUGUUGCUAUUAACUACAAGAGUGGCUGGUGGUACAAGAUUUGCAAGCAUUGUUUCCAUGCUCUAAAGGAAUCUGAGAAUUCAUUCCAUUGUGUUACAUGUGACACAUUCCCAAAUUCUCAUGUUCUUAGAUUCAGUAUAAAUUUAAGAGUUGCUGAUGAAUUAGAUACCGCCUCCUUUAUACUAUAUGACAAAGAAGCUAGCAAAUACCUUGAUGUAUCUGCUUCUGAUAUGCGCCUGUCUCAUGUCAACAAGGGAGGUUUGAAGGAUGAAUAUCCUCAGGAGCUCAAUGCUUUCGUUGACAAGAACUUCAUAUUUAAAAUUUCAGUUAAGAUGGAAGAUAUCAAUGCUUUCCAACCAUGCAAAAUUUUUAUACUUAAGCUUUGUGCUGAUAAUUCAAUCAUCUCAAAAUUUCUUGAUAAACACAAGAUAUAUAAUCAAACAGGUUCGCCUUCCAUUGAGAUAAUUGGUGAUGAUAAUACUGAAUCAUUUUCGACUCCAAAAAGGGGACUCAUCGAGGCUGCUUCAUGUACCAAAAGUCUUAUUGAUGUUUAUCCAGAUUCUGAGAACCAGUCAUCUACUAAGUCUCGGAAGAUUACUGUUGAAUAA